UACUUGUAAACUUGUAAACGGAGUACUCUAUAAGUAAGCAAGUUUUCGCUGCAAAUUAAGCCAAGCAAAACCACUGGUGCUCAGUACUAGCUACUGUCCCAAAGAAAAGAAGAAGCUCGAGUUCCGGUGGUGUCCAUCAGAUCAUAGCAAGGCUUGCUGCUGCCACCUCUAGACCUUUAGCUAGCUAGCUUAGGUCGAUCAAGCGCAUCAUAUUGGCUGAUGGGUAAGGUUUCAGACACCGACGACAGUUUCGACGACAAUCGGCCGAAGCAUAUCACAGGCGUCAACAAGAUUGACUGGGCCAACGAGGAGCACCGCCGCUGCAUCGCCGCCUGCCUCGUCAAAGGCGUUUACGUCCACGAGAACGACAGAGCGGAGCGCAGGGCGGUUAAGCUGGCGCCGGCAUGGUGGGAAAGCUUUGGCUUCCACCUAAAGAAAGAACUCAGAGAGCCGAUAUACUCCGCCAUCGUCGGUGUUGUAUUCGACACCAUCUACGGUGCCAUCUUCGAGUACAGCCCCAGCGCGCCCGGCGACCGGUGCGCUCCACGGUAUGUCGUCGCCUUCAGGGGCACAAAGCCGGGGAGUAUUCGAGACUACUACCUUGACCUGAAAAUAGUGAUCAACAAACUGGAGAAACGCACGCGCGUCCAGCAACCGUGCCGGUUGGUCGACCAACUUAUUACUGCUAUGAGAAAGGAGGACCAAGCAAGCCAAGGCCAAGACAGCUGCAUCUGGCUCGCCGGGCACUCUCUCGGAGCAGCUGUGGCGCUGGUCGUGGGACGGUACGUGAUGGUGCAGGAGAAGCCGCCCAACCUCCCGACCUUCCUCUUCAAUCCACCGCACGUGUCAUUUAUAACGUCGAUCAACUUGCUGAAGCUGGACCCGGUGGCGAAGGAGAGCGUGCACCGGGUGGGUAACAUCUUAAGGGAGGGUGCUGCAAAGGUCUUGCGCUCCCAUCGGGAGCGCAUGGACAACUUGUUCCAGCGGCUUUCCCCUUGGGUGCCGAAUCUGUACGUGCACGAGAAGGACCCCAUCUGCCAGGGGUUCAUCGACUACUUCGAGCAGCGGCAGAAGUUCAUGGAAGCCUCCCCCGGUGUUGGCACAACGUUCGCGGCAUUCUCUCGCCGUGACGCGUUCUGGCACCUGAUUGGCAAGGACAAGGACCGGCCGCAACUCCUGCCAUCGGCGGUGCUGUGGAAAAGCAGGUUCGAGCACGAUAAUCACGGUCUCCAGCAGUGGUGGAAACAGGACAGCGAGCUCGGCUUGGAGGUCCAGCAUUAUAGCUACCCUGUACCUGAAGCACAAACUGCUUCUACCUCAGUGCCGGCUUAGCUGUUGCUCGUGGUCGAAGUCAGUUUAUCUCUUAUUUUUUCGAAUAAAUGAAGUUCGUCAUCGUAACGUUUUCUUGUUAUUAAACCACAGGAACCUGGUAAUACCAGGGACCAAUUUAGAAAUAGAAAUUGUAAACUUCUCUUUAGUUAUAAAAAGUUUUUCCAUUUUACCAAUUUUAUGUUGUCAUGAAAAAUUUUGAUUUGUAAAUCUGUUCUUCUAGCUUGGGUUCAAAGCCUCACUCAGGCUAGUCAAACCC